AUGAUACUCUACUACCGCCUCAUCGUAGGGGUGACUCUGGGUUUCGAACUGCGAAGUACAGCGGAGGUUCAUGCUCCAUCAGAGUCUCCCAAGUUGAGAAGGUUUGGCGUCUCCAGCUUUACGGAUGCCCAAGAAGGCCCUGCGAAAAGCGCCAUCUUCUGGUUGAAUCGGUCGUUAGGUGGUUCCCUGUUUCAUAUAGGCCAGCGCACCUGCGGUAAAAGCUUUGUGCACCCCAGCAAGGCUGCUAAGUUUGGGGAAGUUCUACUGUCUGUACAGCGCAAAAGGAAAGAAAGCCCUGCCUACUGGAUCACUGGACCUCUCCGACUUCGAAUGUCCAAGAAGUUAAGACCAGUUCCAGGUUUCACAGAACGCCAUGGGUUUUGGACCAAGGGACACUCUGAAAAAAAUUCGCCAUGA